UAGUUCGAGUUACCUUCGAGCCGAGCCGAGCUGAGCUGAGCUGAGUUGAGCGGCGCAGUUCGAUCUGUUAUCUGCGUCAAGUGCUAUCUGUUCACGGGCUGUGAAUCUGUGCUGUUAUCAGUGACGCUGCGCACGGUUCACCUUUGACCGGGCGAUAAGACGCUGCUGGCAGCCGUUUGGACCUGUUUUGAGAUCAUUCGCACAGCGCAUUCCAUUCCCAACACUCGAGUCACCAUGAUGAAUACCGCAGCGAUGUCACUGUCGCUGCUGCUGCUGCUGGUGGUCGCGCUGGCCAACGCUGAGGUUGUUCACGUCCAAAACUGUCCGGAUUCUGUGAAUCAGUGCACCAUUGAUGAGGUCCGCGUGGAUCCGUGUCCGCAAGCUCUGCAAAAUGCGGCCUGUCGUAUACGCCGCCGUCGUCCGACACAAAUGUCCUUUAAGUAUACACCACAGUUUGACGCCGAUCAACUGGAGGCCUCGCUGGUCUGGGCGAAGAGCGAAACGGAGGAGCUACCGCUGGUCACGCUGGAACGGGAUGCCUGCAAGGCCACCAGCUGCCCGGUUAAGGCCGGCGUUCAAGGAACCUACACAGUCGAAGUGCCCAUCGAGGCCAAGUUUCCAGUGAGCACCUAUACCAUACGCUGGGCCCUCAAGGAUCCAGUGAGCAGCAAACGCUGCUGCUUCUCCGUCGACAUUAAGGUGGUGCGCUAGGCCGGCAGAUGGGCGUAGUGGUGCAAUAAAAUGCAGUUUUUGCUUAA